AAUAUGAAUAUUAUUCCUUCUUAAAAGGGUUGUCAAUAUUUUGUUGGCUUACCGUACACUUAUCAAUGAUAUCAUCUGCCAUGGACAUCACAUUGAAAGCAGGUUGUAAAGUUGGUAAAAACCCUUUUCUUAAGGUGAUGAGUUAAAGGAUUUAUGUGUUGUCACUCCUUGCCUUUCAAACCUUAGUAUCUUUAAACAUCACUCACAUCAUGACAUGUACAUGUAUUUCGAACUUAUAGAUCAUAUUUGAGAAAUCUAAAACAAUGGUGCACAUUUAGAAUACUGGAUUGAUAGGUGGAUGGAUAACAAGAUCAUACAUCCAUGCUUUUUCUUCCCAGAUUAAGGAUUGUCGACCUGAUCCGUAUAUUGAAGUUGGAACAUUCCAUGAACCUUGCAAAGUGCUCAUUUUUUGACUGGGUUGGAGGAGGAGACAAGAUAAGAUUCCCUAUGCAGCUAUUUCACUGAUUGUGGCCAAGCAACACCAUACCAUUGCCCGAAAAAACGUUAUGAUAAAUAAAAAAGACCAAUGUGCAACAUGUACGAAGUAUGACCAGUUGUCUGGAGAUCAGAAGGAGAAUUUCACGGAAACCCAUCUCGUACAAAAAACAGAGGCUCAAGAUGCCAAAGCAGUUCCUUGCAUCGUGUAAGACAGAAAAUCGUUGUGAAUAAGAUGGAGUGCAAAAGAGGACAUGCUUACAACAAGAAAUAUGCUGAUAAAUUUGACUUCGGUGCAUCAUCAGGAAAGAGCAAACAUCAUGCAACUUGCAAGGAAUGUCGCCGAGAUUUGUCAAUUUUGCAUGGCGGUUGUAAUGACAUUGUUGUUCAUUGCAAAUCAAAGCAACACAUCACUGCUUUCAAGUCUGAAUCGUCAGCACGAGAAAUAACAUCAUGGAUGUCAACCUCCAAGGAUUUUAAUAUAACUAGAGCUGAGUGCUUAUUUACAUCAUUUUAUUUGGAGCACAAUAUUCUUCUAUCAGCUGCAAGUCACAUGGGACCAUUGUUGAAAAAAGCCUUUCCUAAUUCUGAGGAGGUUAUGAAGUUUACCAGUGCAAGGACCAAACAUCUUGUCUUGUGCGUGAAAUGGCCAAAGAUAAACAAGGACAGAUCGUUUCAGCCAUGAAAGCACGGCCAAUUGCAAUAUCAACUGAUGGGAGUAAUGUCAGCGACAGUAAACCAUACCAAAUUGUGGCAUGCCUCGGGAAGUGUCAGUGCUUGGUUGCCCCAAUCAUCUAAUUGAUUCUGCUGCCAAAGAUGCGUCAUCUGCAUUACCAUAUUCAAUUGACUCGCUCCUUAUUGAUGUGUUCUACUAUCUGGAAGCCAGCGUGAACAGGAAAUUGAAUCUCAAGAAGUUCCAGAUGCUCAUUGGGAACGAAGUGCAGGCAGUUCUGAAACAUGCUUGUACGAGAUGGCUGAGCUUGGGCCAAUGCUUGCCAAGAUUUAUCCAACAAUGGCAAGCUCUAGUCCUCUUUUUUGAAGGAGAAGUGUCAGCCGAGCAGAAGACGCCUACUCAACAGACAAAGCAGAAGAAGCCUACUCAACAGACCAAGGCUACCAAGAAUAGUGUCCAGACUUCACUUGUUCCAAAGAAGCCAACUCCAGCUGUGAAAAAUGAACCUGCUCAGGGAUCUCAACUGAAGAAAAAGCCUGCUCACCAAACCAAGAUGACUGCACAACUCCAAGCAUUCUGCAUUCCCAAGAAGGUGUCUGCAGAUCCACCACAUGUGAGCAAACCUGCCAAGUCUCAGACCCAAGUUCAACUUCAAACACCACAGCCACAACACAGUAGACCUGCAUCUUCAAGCUCUACUACUCGGGAAAAACGACAAAUGAGGAAGCUUCGGAUACACCUAGAAAAAAGCAGAAGACUGGGAAAGUUGUUGGCAAGGCAACAGGCUCAACAGUGCUCAAGACUGGAACUUCCAGUCAUCCCAGUAUGAUUUCUAGUAAAAUGACUGGAAAUGAAAAAACAAGAUGUGGAGGAAAAAAAGAAACAAGACAGACAGUAAGAGAUAAAACAAGACAGGAAAGAAUUCUGAAUUCAUUGCACUCAAACCCAAUAUCAGCCACAGCAUCAUUGCAUUUCACAAGAAAAAUGUCAUCUUUCAGACGAGAAGUCCUCUGAUACAAAAGCUAAAAGGAAUACUAGAAAGUCUACUGCGUGACUUGUACAGCCAAUUUGUAGCUCCACAAGCAAUCAUUGCAGCCACAGACUUGACCCUUCUGGACUACAAGAACAAGGAGAAUCUUUGUGAAGAAUCUGAAAUGGUCAUAAAAAGCGCAACAAGAGAAAUUGUGAACACUUUAGAUGAGUCUGAUUGCCAUAAGUUCUAUGCAGCAGUGCAUUCAUAUUACACCAAGGCAUGUGACUACAUUGUAAGUAAGUUUCUAUUGAAGUCUGAUGUUCUCAUCCAUGUGCAAGUGGCUGACAUUGCAUAUCAGAAGGAUGCCAAAUUCACUUCUCUAAAGUUCUUCAUCAACAAGUUCCCCUGCAUGUUGCUUCAGGAAGAAGAAGAAGACAAGCACAGUGCCCUAGAUGCUCUGGAGAACCAGUUCCUUAUCUAUCAAAUUGCUCAGCUUCCGGACUUAGUGCAAAAUGAGGAAUCUACUGACAAGCAGUGGACAAGUAUGAUGACAGAAAAGAAUGUUUCUGGUGAACUGUGCUAUGACAGACUUGCAAAAGGGAUUCUAACCAUACCCCAUACCAAUGCUGAAUGUGAAAGGGUCUUCAGUCAGGUGCGAAAGAACAAAACUGACUUCAGAGGGUCCAUGAGCAACGAAACUCUAAAAAGUGUCCUUAUUACUAAGGCUCGCCAAACAACACCCUGCUACAUGAGGGAAUUUGACUCUGAUUUUCCAAAGAAAGCUCGUGAUGUGCGCUACGCGCACAUGAUAUUCAGUUUUACUUAAAUGUUACUAAUUGAAAAUUCCAAAGUGUUGGCAGCUAUGCCAGGCCAAGGUAGUUGCUGGAAAGAGGACUUUUGUCUCUGCUUCUUUUGAUUUGCAAAGUGAAUGUCGCUGCAACAUUACUCUAUGCCAUCCAGAACACACAUCUCAAAGUCAUCGCACACAAUUUUCUGGAGAGUGGGCAUUCCCACGUGGAAUGCAAUAGCAUGCAUUCUGCUAUUGAAACAGAAAAAAAGAACAUCAAUGUCUUCACAAUGCAUGACUGGGUAAAACAUUUUCCACAAAUUAAGACGUCGGCUUCCAUACAAGGUCAUAAACAUGUGCCAUGGAGACUUUUAUGAUCUGAAAAAUCUCUCACAGCAGAUCAUGAAUAACAAACGCCUAGACGAAGAUAGACACGUCUUCAACUGGCUACAUGUAAAGAGCUUCCAAUACAGGAAGGAAGAGCAAAGCACCAUCUGCUACCAUCUAUAACUACUUGUAUGACUACAAGAAGAUAGAUCAUCAGUUCCACGUAAUCUGGACCUUGUCUACCAAGAGAAGCAUU